CGGGCGACCUCUGCAAGAGGCAAACCGGGGAGGGGCCGGGCCGGGGGCGGCUGGGCAGGAAGCGGCGCGUACCUUCCGCCGCCGGAGGAGCAGGUGGCUGCAGUGCGGCCCGGGGCCCAGGCUUCCUGUGUGCGCGCCGGUGCCUGCUAUUUCCCGCCCCGGAGCGAGUUGGGCCGCCCCGGCCCAGCCCCAUGGCUCAGACCCCCGACGGAAUAUCCUGUGAGCUGCGAGGCGAGAUCACCAAGUUCCUGUGGCCAAAGGAGGUGGAACUGCUGCUGAAAACCUGGCUACCCUAUGAGGGUGCUGAGCGGAGUUAUGUCCUGGUGCUGCUACGAUGGAGAGCCUAUCUGCUCCACACCUGCCUCCCCCUGAGGGUGGACUGCACAUUCAGCUACCUGGAGGUCCGGGCCAUGGCGCUACGGGAGACACCCCCUCAGGUCACUUUUGAGCUGGAGUCUCUUCCUGAACUGGUCCUGGAGUUUCCUGAUGUGGCUGCCCUGGAACAGCUGGCCCAGCAUGUGGCUGUGGCCAUCAAGAAGGUCUUCCCUCACUCAACUUUUAGGGAGCUAUUCCGGAUGCCCACACCCUCCUCGAUACUGGCUCGGCUGGAAAGCAGCAGCCCCUCAGAGUCCAGCACCCCCUGUAGCCCCUGUGGUGGCUUCUUGGAGACUUACGAGGCUCUGUGUGACUACAAUGGCUUCCCUUUCCGAGAAGAGAUUCAGUGGGAUGUGGACACCAUCUACCAUCGUCAGGGCUGCCGCCAUUUCAGCCUAGGAGACUUCAGCCACCUUGGCAGUCGGGACCAGGCCUUAAGUGUAGCUGCCCUAUCCUACAACCUGUGGUUCCGAUGUCUCUCCUGUGUGGACAUGAAGCUGAGUCUCGAGGUCUCAGAACAGAUUCUGCACAUGAUGAAUCGGUCUUCCCACCUGGAGGAGCUGGUGCUGGAGACUUGUGGCCUGAGGGGAGACUUUGUCCGGAGACUAGCCCAAAAACUGUCAGGACACUCAAGCUCUGGGUUGCGGGAGCUCAGCCUGGCAGGGAAUGUGCUGGAUGACAGAGGCAUCAUGGCACUCAGCAGAUACCUAGAGGAUCGUCCAGGAGCCCUGAGGAGACUCAGCCUAGCACAGACAGGGUUGACACCUCGAGGAAUGAGGGCUCUGGGCCGGGCACUGGCCAGCAAUGCUGCCUUUGACUCUGCCCUGACCCACCUAGACCUUUCUGGGAACCCUGGGGCCCUGGGGGCCUCCGAGGACAGUGGGGGCCUCUAUAGUUUCCUGAGCCGUCCUAAUGUUCUGACCUUCCUGAAUCUGGCAGGCACCGAUGUGGCCCUGGACACUCUCUUCGGGGCGCUGUCCCGGGGCUGCUGUUCCAGCCUCACCCACCUGGAUGCUUCGAGGAAUGUCUUCUCUCGCACGAAGUCCCGGGCCGCGCCAGCCUCCCUGCAGCUCUUCCUUAGCCACUCGGGGACCAUGAGGCAUCUGAGCCUGGCGGGCUGCAAGCUGCCACCAGACGCGCUCAGGGCCCUUUUGGAUGGCCUGGCUCUCAACACGCACCUCCGCGACCUGCACUUGGACCUCAGUGCUUGUGAGCUGCGCUCCGCUGGCGCCCAGGUGAUACAAGACUUAGUGUGUGACGCAGGCUCCAUCAGCUCCCUGGAUCUGGCUGAUAAUGGCUUUGGCUCGGAUAUGGUGACUCUGGUGUUGGCCAUUGGAAGGAGCCGGUCCCUGAGACAUGUAGCGCUUGGAAGGAACUUCAACGUCCGGUGCAAGGAGACCCUGGAUGAUGUCCUGCACCGGAUUGUCCAGCUUAUGCAGGAUGACGACUGUCCUCUGCAGUCUCUGUCCGUGUCUGAGUCUCGGCUGAAGCUGGGCGCCAGCGUCCUACUCCGGGCCCUGGGCGCCAAUCCUAACCUUACAGCGCUGGAUAUCAGCGGCAACGGCAUGGGGGAUGUAGGCGCCAAAAUGCUGGCCAAGGCGCUGCGGGUCAACACGAGGCUCCGGUCUGUGGUCUGGGACCGGAACCACACUUCUGCUCUGGGCCUGCUAGACGUGGCGCAGGCAAUGGAGCAGAACCACAGCCUGAAGGCCAUGCCUUUGCCACUGAACGACGUGGCCCAAGCACAUCGCAGCCACCCGGAACUGACAACACGUGCAGUCCAUCAGAUCCAAGCUUAUCUCCUGAGGAACAACCGCGCAGACCCUGCCUCUUCGGACCACGUGUCGCACCUUCAGCCAAGGAGUCUGAUUUCAGACCCCUCAGAGCAGGAAGUGAACGAACUGUGUCAGUCGGUGCAGGAGCACAUGGAGCUGCUGGGCUGUGAGGCUGGGCCCCAGGGUGAAGCUGCUGUGCACCAAGCUGAGGAUGCCAUCCAAAAUGCCAACUUCUCUCUCAGUAUUCUCCCCAUUCUCUAUGAGGCUGGGAGCUCCCCAAGCCAUCACUGGCAGCUUCGGCAGAAGCUGGAGGGUCUUCUUGGACAGGUGGGUGAAGUCUGCCGCCAAGACAUUCAGAACUUCACUCAGGUCACACUGGACACAACAAGGAGCCUCUGCCCACAGAUACUGCAGGGAUCUGGCUGGAGGGAGCAGCUAGAGGGGGCCCUGGUGGGCUCCAGGGGCUUCCCAGAGCUGCUGCCAGAACAGCUGCUACAAAAUGCCUUUACUAGGCUCAGGGACAUGCGGCUGUCAGUCACAGGGACCUUGGCAGAGAGCAUUGUGGCUCAGGCUCUGGCAGCUCUGAGUGCAGCUCGGGACCGGCUGGUGGAGAGUCUGGCUCAGCAGGCAGCAGUGGCAAUGCCCUCUACCCUGCCCACACUGGAUGGAGGUGAGCCUAUCUCCCUUGGACCUGGGGAAUUAGAAAGUUUUGUCUUCCCUGAAGAGAAGGAGGAGGAGGAUAUGGAGAAGGAACGAAAGAAGGAGAAGGAUGACAGUCCUUCUGGGAAAUGGCCUGAACCCAGCCACGGUUUUCACCUGGUCUCAUCCAUUCACAGUGCUGCUGAGGAACCGGAGCCCGAGCUGGCGGCUCCGGGGGAAGAUGCGGAGCCGCAGGCGGGGCCUUCCGCACGCGGCUCUCCGAGCCCUGCCGCCCCCGGCCCCCCGGCCGGCGCGCUGCCUCGCAUGGACCUGCCACCCGCUGGACAGCCCCUGCGCCAUCCAACCCGGGCCCGGCCGCGGCCGCGCCGCCAGUACCACCACCGUCCGCCGCCGGGGGGCCCGCAGGUGCCCCCAGCCUUGCCGCAGGAAGGGAAUGGGCUCAGUGCCCGCGUGGACGAGGGCGUGGAGGAAUUCUUCUCUAAAAGGCUGAUCCAGCAGGAUCGCCUCUGGGCCCCCGAGGAGGACCCGGCCACUGAGGGGGGUACUGCUCCUGUGCCCCGUACACUGCGAAAGAAGCUGGGCACACUUUUUGCCUUCAAGAAACCUCGUUCAACACGGGGCCCACGGCCUGAUCUAGAGACUAGCCCUGUGGCAGCUCCCCGCACCCGGAAAACCACACUUGGCGACCUGCUGCGGCCACCAACCCGUCCCAGCCGUAGUGAGGAGCCUGGUGGGGCUGAGGGAGGCACCAGCAGCCCUGAUCCUGCCCGCAGGAGUCGGCCUCGCUACACAAGGGAUAGCAAGGCCUACUCCAUGAUCCUGCUACCUGCUGAGGAGGAGGAGGCAACACUGGGUGCCAGACCCGACAAGCGGCGACCCCUGGAGCGGGGAGACACAGAGCUGGCUCCAUCCUUUGAACAGCGGGUACAAGUGAUGCUGCAGAGGAUAGGAGUAAGCCGAACCAGUGGGGGUGCCGAAGGCAAGAGGAAGCAAAGCAAAGAUGGCGAGAUCAAGAAAGCUGGCUCAGAUGGUGACAUCAUGGACAGUUCCACAGAGGCCCCUCCCAUUUCAAUCAAGUCCCGCACCCACUCUGUAUCUGCCGACCCCUCAUGUAGACCUGGCCCAGGGGGUCAGGGCCCUGAGUCCACCACCUGGAAGACACUGGGGCAGCAGCUGAAUGCAGAGAUCAGGGGCCAUGGUUGGGGCCAACAGGAUGGUCCAGGACCCCCUUCCCCUUGUCAAAGCCCAAGCCCCCGAAGAGCCAGCCCUUCCCCAGACAGUCUGGGCCUCCCAGAAGAGCCCUGCUUGGGUCCCAGGGAUGAAGAACGGCCCCUGCGACUACAGCGCUCCCCUGUCCUCAAACGCAGACCGAAGCUCGAGGCACCCCCAUCCCCAAGCCUAGGAUCUGGUCUUGGAAUUGAGUCUUUGCCCCCACAGCCCACAGAGCCCUCCAGCCCUGGGCGGAGCCCACCCUCCCCAGCCACAGACCAAAGAGGCGGCGGCCCCAACCCCUAAUCUUCUCCUGCCGCAUGAGAUUAUUUUAUUAAAAAACUCAAAGGAA